ACCAUCAUGAGUGUAUCUCGGCUGGCUUUACUGCUUGGACUGCUUCUAUAUAUUGAAGCUCCAUUGUCCAACGCCCAGCACUGGUCUCAUGGUUGGUAUCCUGGAGGCAAGAGGGACCUGGACUCUUUUGGCACAUCAGAGAUUUCAGAGGAGAUUAAAUUAUGUGAGGGAGAGGAAUGCAGUUACUUGAGACCACAGAGGAGGAGUAUACUCAAGGCCAUUCUUUUGGAUAUCUUAACCAGAGAACUCCAGAAGAGAAAGUAACAGAUUUUCUACUUAUAGCAGCCUGACUCUUCUCUUCAGUGUGAUUAUUUUGUCUUCUUUAGUUAAUGCAAUGUGGGAUGUUGGCUUCAUCAGAAAGAUUUG